AUGAAAAUAUUUGAAAGAAAAAAAGAACCUGAAGAGUCUGAGACAGUAAAAAUCAUAAAUUUUGGAUCUAAGAAUAAAUGUUAUAGUUAAAUAUAAUGGUUACAAAAUAUCCCAGAAAAUUAGCAUUAAUUGAUAAAUCAGUUAUAUCUUUUCUUAAAUUAAAAUUAUAUAGGUGGAUUAGAAGAAGAGCUAGGAAAAGAUUUGCUAUAAGUAUUUAACUUAAGAGUUUUACAUAUUAGAUUAGGAAAUACUUAAAUGAAAGAUAAAGGAUUAACUAUAUUAGCUUCGUAUAUUGCUAAUCUUACAAAACUUAAAAGUUUAUCUGUCUCAAUAUGGGGGAAUUAAAUAGGACAAAUUGGUAUUUCUAAGUUUGCUGAAUAAAUAGCAAAAUUAGUUUCACUUAACCAAAUCGAGAUAUUUCUAGGUAAUAACUAGUUAUAAGAUGAAGGAUUGAUUAAGUUAAGUGAAAAAAUAGUUUUACUCGAAAAUCUAACUAUACUAUAAUUAUCACUUUGGGAUAAUUAAAUAAAUGAUCAAGGACUCAUAAACCUUAGUUUAAACUUAUAAAAUAUGAAAUAAUUAUAAAGACUCUACUUGGACAUUAGUUCAAACUCUAUUACUGUAAUUGGCAUUUAGAAGCUAGGAUAAACAAUUUAAAGCUUGAAGAAUCUUUAUUUUUUGGAGUUGAUAGCAUAUGAAAAUAAGUUGACAUUAGAUGGGAAUUAGCAAAUACUAAUGUUGCUGAGGAAUGCUUCAAGUUUAAAAUUUUUAUCUCUCAAUUUAGAUAAUAGAUUCGAAAUUAACUCAGUAAACACAAAGCUUUAUUCAAGUUUAAAAAAAGCUUUGAGAUUAAUUUAUUUAAAAAUUGAAGAAAUUAACAAUUUUUGA